AUGGUAGGUUCCCUCCUAACCUGGAGUACACCAAUCUUUUUCAUCCACAUGAAGUUUUCACUACAGCAAAUAAGAAACAUGCAUAUUAAGCCCAUAAAGAUGAGAUGGUUAACGGGCGGUGCUAACUACAGCUAUUUAUUGAGCACUGAAAACAAGGAGAACUCUUGGUUGAUUGAUCCUGCGGAACCCCUUGAAGUAUCGCCAGAGUUAAGUGUUGAUGAGAAGAAGAAAAUACAUGCUAUCGUCAAUACGCAUCAUCAUUAUGAUCACUCAGGAGGAAACAUAGUAAUGCACAGCAUCUUGCGGAAAGAUAAUCCAGGUCACAAAGUUGAAACAAUUGCUGGAUCCAACGCUUCUCCCGGUGCCACUGAAAUACCUCAGCACAUGGAACAGUAUCAACUGGGCAACUUGCAAAUAACAUGCAUUAGAACGCCAUGUCAUACUAAGGAUUCCAUAUGCUAUCAUGUUAAAGAUUUGGGAACAUCCGAGCAAUGCAUCUUCACUGGUGACAGUCUUUUUAAUGCAGGCUGUGGAAGGUUUUUUGAGGGAAAUGGAGCAGACAUGGACAUAGCUUUGAACAAGACUAUUUUAAGAGCCGUAGGUGAGCCCAACUGGAGUAACAUAAAAAUAUACCCAGGCCACGAGUACACGAAGGGCAACGUCAAAUUCAUCAGGGCGAAAAUCUACCACGCUAUGGGGGAGAAUAAACACUUUGAUGCACUGGAACAGUAUUGCCAGAGUAAUGAGUGCACCACUGGUCAUUUUACAUUGAAUGAUGAGCUGGAAUACAAUCCGUUCAUGAGAUUGGACGACCCUGCAGUUAGAGCAGCAGUUGGUGAUACUGCUAAGGCAUAUCCUAGAGCCACAGUCAUGCAAGAGCUGAGAAAGCUGAAAAACGCUAUGUAA